AAAAAGCCGAAACAACAAACCUUGGAGGCUUCCUUGGGUGAGUUUGUCGUCAAAUCUAUGGCCAACCAAGAAUCAAACCCCCAACCGUCAAGAAAAUAUCUACCCGCAGCAGCAGUUCCAGUACGAGUACGAAAGGCAAAGAACCACUGGAUUUGGCCAGAUCCCCAGCGACGACAACCAUGGCCCCGGCGCGACAGCGACAGCGACGACGGGAGGACAUCUCCCCAGACCGGCAACUCCCCGCCUCCUCAGCAGUCUUCAUCCCCAAGAUCUCCACAGCCGAGGCCAAGAAGCGGACCAUCGUCAUUGACGACGACUCGGACUCUACUUCCGAGGCGGAAGACUACGGUGGGGCCGCGUUUGAGUAUGACGACUUACCUGUGUUUUCGUCCCAAGCUGUAGUGACGAUAACACAUAACCCCCGCGCUGCUGCCUCUGCUGCUGCUGGUAGCCGUGAUCAAAAGGAGGUUAUUGUGCUGGAUGAGGAGGAUGAGGAUGACGACAUGCCGCUGCCUACUCAGCGUACUAGAGGUGUGAAGAGGCAGGUGGCGGCUGUGUCUGAUGAGGAUGAGGAUGAAGAUGAGUGGAAGCGUGAGGGCAAGGUCAAGGAGAAGGCUGGGGUUGAUGGCGAGGGCGAGGAAGAGGACUCAGACUCUGACCGAGUUUUGUCGUCGGCAGUCAGGAAAAGGGCAACGAGGCGCGGUGGAGAGAAGGAGUCGAGUCCGACGAAGAAGAGACGGCUGAUCAGGAGAGGGAAUCCAUCCUCGGCAAGCUCGGCUAAGGAGGAAGAGAAUUCAGAUGAUUAUAAGCCUCGUCGCCUAGGCAAGGGCAGGCUAAAGGUUGCUACCGGUACGGGUAGCUCUUCUGCUGCCACGUCUUCAACAGAAUCACGACCCGUUAGGGCCAAGCGUCGAGUCAAAAAGCCCAUGACGGAGAAGGAGAGAGCGAGAGAGCUACUGAGGCGCAAGCGGGCGGGCGAACCUAUCGAUGACUUGGAGAACGUGGAGGAAGAUGAGGACUCGGAGGUCGAGCUACCUAAAAGGGGCUACUACGACACAGACUCGGAUAAUCCUGCUCUUUCGGAGUUUGAGGACGAGGAAACGGACGAGGAAGGGAUUGUCAAAGAAGAGGAGAGGGACAAAAAGAAGGGAAAAGGAAAAACGGAAACGAAGGACAACAAGAAGACCAGAAAGAAAGACAAGAAGAGCAAGAAGCGAAGAGAGAUAUCCCCUGAUUCAGAGGAUACCGAAGACAACGACGAAAAGCGCAACGCAGGUUCCUACGAAGAUGAAGAGAUGCAGGAUUUCAUCUCUGAAGACGACUCCGACGCCCCUAUUGGCGCACCCGACGAGAUUGGUAUCCCGCUCGAGUUCACUAGACACGCACAUAAGCCGCUCAAGGAACACUUCCGCGAUGUAGUCGAGUGGCUGGUCCAUUACAAAAUCCACCCCAAGUUCCCGGAGAAAACUGCCGGGUUGUAUAGGCUCGGCUGGAGGAAGCUCGAUGAUGAGGUCCGUGGCUUGGCCCAGAGUAAGUUCGCUUCUUCAGCCUGGAAGACGGACUUUUACAUGGCGUUAAGGGCCCGGCCCUAUUAUACUAGUGGUGACACGCAUGAGCAAAGUAUUUGCUUUAGCAACUGCGCGGCGUGUGGAAGGAGCGGACAUCCUGCAAAAUUUGAAAUCGCCUUUUCUGGCUCCCCUUAUUACAAAGAUUUUUCCCACCCAAGAUUCCUCAAAGCCGUCCCCAACAACAACCCCUCCCCUUCCCCCGAUGACGAAGGCGGUGAUCCAGAUGAGAACGAUGCCGACGGCAACACCAUCCCCGCCGCCUCGCGACACUGGAAGAUUGGCUCUGUAUGCCACUCCAACGCCGAGACGGCCCACAACCUGCUGCACUGGCAGUACGCCCUGCUAGACUGGGUCGACACCCGCCUAUCGGAAGACGGACACCUGGCUGCUGCUGCUGCUAUUUCGAAAAAGCGCGAGGGUGAAAGCAAAGAGAAGCGCAAAAAGAGGACAACAAAAAAGAAGUAUAAGCUGGUCGCCAAGAUUGUGAGCGAGUGGGAGGCGAAUGGCACGGUCAAGGCGCUGUUUCGCGAGUUUAAGGAUAUGCUGGAGGCGGCGAGGAAUAAGAGCACGGCGGGGCCGAGGGUGCAGAAGAGGUGAUUUACGUGAGGUACGGAAGGGAUAUAACUACUUUACCCCUGUGGGAGACCGAGGAGACUGGUUGGGGGAAGGAGGGAAUUGCC